UUUCGCGCUAGCGCUAUGCAAAAUCGCAUGUUAGUCUUCCAUUUCGCCAUAUUGGACGGGGCCCAACAUUACCAGCACAAAUGCGACUGAAUUUAUAACGAAAAGAAUCCAUUGCCAUCCUCUAUUUUGUCGAAGAAAUCGACAAAAAUGGAUUCCCAAUAUUCCGUACAAGUGAAAAACAGGUUCUACCUGGACAUGGAUAUGGUCGGAGAUCCCUUGGAGAUUCUUCCGACCGAAACAAAAUCACAGAAGAAGGACAAGAAAAAGAAGAGCGAGGGGAAAAAGAAGGCUGAGGCGGAGAAGAAAGAACCUGAGCCACAACAGAAGCCUAAAGCUGAAGAAACGCGGCAAGAGCCUGUGGAGCCUAGAAGGUCAGGCGGAAGAGGUGGGAACCGAGGUUCAAGCGCUCGCCAAGGUGGGGAGAAUCGACGACCGCCCCGUGAAAGGCGAGAUCAGGACACCAGCGAGAACCAGGAAAACCAUGCCCCGGUAGAGUUCCGGAGUGAGAAGUCGGACCGGCCAGUGUACCGGGGAGCUGAGCAAGGCGACAGGCCUCCCAGGGGCGAAAGAGGGCGGGGCCGAGGCCGUGGAAGAGGGCGCGUUGGAUUCGCCGGCGGGCGCGACUUCCGAGGCAAGAGGGAAUUUGAUCGCCACAGCGGCAAUGAUAAGAGCAGCUCCUUGAAACCCCAAGACAAGCGGGAGGGCGCUGGCUCCCACAACUGGGGCACGGCCAAGGACGACAUGAGGGACCUGAACACGUCGAACCUGACUGAUGAGGCAGAAACUCCUGACUAUAGCGGACAACCCUUGGAUGCCGACGCACAAGCAAAGGAAACCACCGAAGACGGCGAGGGCAAGGAAGGCGAGGCAGCAGAGGAGGGCGAGGAAGAAAGCCCCAAGGAGGAAGAGGGCACUCGGGAGCUGACCCUGGAUGAGUACAAGGAGCAGCUGUCCAAGGAGCGCUCUAAGGCCCAGUUCAACGUACGCCGCGCCGGCGAAGGAGAGGACACCAGCCAAUGGGACCGGACCGUGGCCCUCAAGAAGCAGCAGAAAUCUGAGGAGGAGAAGCCUGUGGUCACAGCCGAACACCCACACAAGGAUCGCUCAAACAAGGCCCAGCUUGUGGAUAUCACCAUCAGCUUCAAUGAAUCGGAUCGUCAAUCUGGAGAAAGCCGGGGUGGGCGUGGGGGACGCGGUGGGCGUGGUGGUAGAGGUGGGCGUGGCGGCCGUGGUGGCAGUGGCGGCGCGCGUGACUUUGACCGUGACCGUGAGCGCGACCGUGACCGUGACGCAACCGAAAACGAUCGUGGGUACACCCCGCGGGGUGGUGGCCGUGGGGGCGGCUUUGGAGGGCGUGGUGGAAGUGGGCGGGGCCGUGGAGGUGGCCGUGGCGGCGGCCGUGGUGGUGGCGGUGGUGGUGGUGGCCGUGGCGGCAGCCGCGGCGGUGGCCGCGGCGGCGGUGCCAGCAGUCAGGCCCCAGUGAUGACCAGUGAAGAGGAUUUCCCCUCUCUGGGCUCCAAGUAAGCCACACCUCAUUGCAGCCUCGCAAUAGGAAAGCUGCUGGUUGGGCUCACCUUUACUGCAAAGGAAGCUUCAACAAUUUCACAUACAACACACACACACACAAAUUGUACAUGAUGUUGUACGCUACCAAAAAAAAAAAGAGGCCUAUGGGCCUGAACUGAAUGACACUCAUGACAAGGAACGAUGGCAGCGGUUAGCUCGUUUCACAUUUUCUACCCUGCAAUGUGUUCGCCCAUUCUUCUUUUAAUUUCCCUGCACCCAAUGGAGAUGAUAUCAUGUGCUUGUAAUGCGGAAUGCCAGCAGGAAAGAAAUGGUCAUCCACCAGAUGUCAGAAAAUCCCAGAGAUUGUCACUUUAAUUUAAGCGGCGGACAGUUGAAAGGAUUUGCGAUCUCGUGUUUUUUUUUUCAUUGUGUGUCCCUUUCCAUGUUGGUUAAUAAUACAUCUUGGCAUCGACAAAGCAGGCCAUUAUGUGCAUGUGGUGCACUGAUGCCUGGAAAAAAAAUUGCUCUUUUUUCCGUUUUUACUUGAAAUAGCUGAAAAAGUACUUUAUUGACAGACCGUGAUUCUUUUCAAGAUGUGAGGAGAUGUUUUAUUUCCAAACUCUUUUAUGUGAAUAAUUAGAGAGAUUUUCUUGUAGCAAU